AUGGAUGAAUAAAAAUUAGUAACAAAUUCUCUUUAAUUCUGUAUAUUCGUAGUAGGUUUUAUUAGAGUAUAGCUUCAAUCAAUUUUGAUGAUUUUUUUGGAAUAAAAGUUGGAAUUACAUUCAGUAGUCAUGAAAGCAUUAAUAAAUAAAUAUCUAUCUGGUUAAAUUAUAUAUAAUCAUAAUACUACCUAUUCAUUUUGCUCUUUUAGAGAGUUUCUACAUGAUUAAUGUCCAGAUAAUGUUUAUGACUAGAUUGACUAAAGUAUUUUUUAUGCAUAACUAUACUUUGUGAGAGAAGUGUUUAAUUAUAAUCUUCUUACACCUGAAUAACAAUUUUUCAUUAAAAUGACUGCAGAUUUAUCUUUUUACAGUGGAUCUGCUUAUUUAGCAGCAUAAACUAAUGGCUUAAUCUAAAUAACUGAUUUUCAUAAUUCAGAUUAAACUUCUAUAAAGACAGAAUCUCCUUCAGUCCUAUAUAAUUACACGCUUUCUUAAUACUAUGAUUGUCUAGGAACAUAAUUUAUAGAGCCAUAUGAUCCAAGAUGUAGAUUUUGGUAUUAAUAUGCAAAAAAUAAUGAAGGUAUAUUUAUUUAUGAACCAUAUAAUGACUCGCUAUCAGGAACUUUAUAGAUGAAUCUAGCACAAAAAAUUCUUAAAGAUUCAAAAUUUUAUUCAGUUAUAAGUAUAAUUUUUAUAAUGUAAAAUUUAAUGCAACUUUACGGUGCAUAAAUUAGUAGAAAUUCCUAUUCAGUACUAUUUCAUGAAUUUGAUAUUUCAGUUUUUUAUCAUCCUUUACAUAUUUUCAAUGUGCCUAUGACUUGGGUAGACGUAGAAUUUUUUAACAUAAAAUAAUUUUGCAACGAUAGUUAAGAAACUAUGACAUUUUGCUUAUCCUAAAAGCAGUUACUAUUGAAUUAAAUUAAUUAAACUAUUGCAUUUAUUAAAACUGGUGAAUACUCUAUUGAAAAUAAAGUUAAUUUGGAUUAGCUUUUCUAACGGUGGGAGAGAUUUGGAUAAAAAGAAAUAAGUGUGAUUUUUCCAAUAUAAAGCAAGCUUAAAGGAUAUAAUAACCAAAAGCCAUACUCUUUUGCAAUUUUAUUGAUUGCAAAAGUUAUAACAGAUCAGACUGAUUAAUUGAAAUUAUUUAACCUUUUAGAUGCAAAAGUUUUUAGAGUUUAUUUGAUAGUUGGUUUUAUUAUUCUGAGUAUAAUCAUACUACUAUUUAUAAUUAAUUAUGGAGUUUUUUUGGUGUAUUAAAUUUAAAAGCCUAUCAAGCUCCUAAUUUUAUUUUUAAAGAAGAGCUAUUAAGAAUAAUUAACACAUCAGAAAUUAAGUAAAAUAAAUAAAACAGAAUCAAAAAUAGAAUAGAAUAAAUAAAAGAAAAUCUAAUAAAAUAAAAAGAGUAGCAUAUUUUAAAAAAUUAAUAACAAAAAAACUUUAAAUUAAAAGCCUUUAUUAAACAAUAAUAAUAAUAAUAAUAAUUUAAUAUUUACUUAUAAAAAUAUAAAUUAUAUUUAAGAUUAAUUUUACAAGUAGGAUAAUCCACCUUUGCUACUUUAAAAUUAACCAUCUUUUAAUUUUUAAACGAAAGAAUUAUCAUUUCAAUAAUUUAAAGGAUUUGAUAAAUGUGAUGAUACCUAAAAAUCUGAUAUUCAAUUUACUAAAAAUAAUUCUUAGUCCCCAAAAAUUCCCACAAGUUUUGAAAUAACAUGUCUCAAUAUUAAAUAAUAAUAAUCAAAUUAGGUUUAAUCUAUUUCCUUUGGAUAAAAUCAUCUUAACAAAGAAAAUUUACAAGUCAUCAGCACGCCUAAAAUAACAACAGAAAAAAGCACUUUUUCUAUCCAAAAUGAUGAGUUUAUUAAAUUAAAAGAAGAAAAUAAAAAUCAAAUUCUGUAAGGUUUAACGCCUUUGUUUUUGGAAAUGAAAAUUAUUAAAUAAACUUUUCAAGAUCUUGAAAGUCUUAUCAACUAUUCGAUAGAUGCUUAAAACUAUAAUUCAGAGGAUUUUACAAAAUCUCUUUUUCAUUUUAGUAAGGCAAAGUCUACAUUUUAGUAAUUAAAAAACUAAAUUGGAUUGUGUAGAUGCUAUUAUAACUUAGGUCUUGCAUCUCUUCUAAAUAAUAAUUACUAAUUAGGAUAAGAAUAUUUUGAAUCUGCAAUUUAGCUGAGCUUUGAGACAAUCGGGAUCAAUUAUUAAGAUCUUACAAACUUUAAAAUUUUCAAUAAAUCUUAAAAUAAUUAUGUAAAACAACUUUAAAUAUUAACAAAGAAAAUAUUUUCAAAAGCAUACUGCCUGAAAUAGUAAGCUUUGUCAUUUUACUACAAUGAUUAAAAUGAAAAUUUUGUAUCAUUUAGUUUGCUUAAUAGAAAUUUUUUUAAACAUAAUCAUGACAUAUAAAGAAUAUAGUAAAGAAACAGCUCUAAUGUAAUAGUUUAAUUAAUAAAUUAAUCUUUAAACACAUUUGGAAUCGUUUUGAGAUUUGUUGAAAAUAAUUAAUCGAGUUUUUCAGAUAUCUGCAAAAUACAUUUGUACUAAGAAAUGAUUGAGAUAUACAUAUUUUUAAGAUAAAAUAAUAAUAAAAUUUUUUACAAGUUAAUUGAAAAAGUAAAUCAAAUAAUGAAUAAUUAAAAAUAUUAAGAUAAUAUAAUGAGCGAACCAAGCUAUAUUUCAUAUGUAAAUACUUAUAAAUAAAUUAUUGAAAUCCAAAAAAGUAGAUAGCUAUUUUUGUUAGGGCUAAUUGAAUAAAGUAAAAAUAAUAAUAUUGAAGCAUUUGAGUUAUUUACUUAAAGCAUAGAGGAAGGUAGUCAUUAUAGUCCUAAUUUAAGAAAAAAGCUCAAAUAUCACUUGAGAUAAAUUAUUAAUGAUAUAAAUGACAUACCUUUCAAAAAUAUGGUAUUUGAAGCACAAAAAUCAGAACUAUACAAUUGA